AUGGCGUAUGAGCCCAAGGCGGACGGCGGCGGCGGCGGCGGCGAGGCGGCCUCCGUGUUCCAGCUCUACCAGCCAGGCCUGGCGUCCGACCACGUGAUGCAGCUGUGCUAUCUGAGGCGGCGUGCUCCGCAGCGGCUACGGCUCGAGCGCGCGCGCAUCGAAGACGAGUUCGUGCUGCCACGGCCGGAGCUCCAGAUCGCGAGCCUGCUGCCGCCGGCAGUUGACCUCCCACUUGAGCAGCUCGUUAAGAAGCCCUCGCCAUCAUAUAAGGCCAAUAGUAACAGCUCCGGUGCUAGUGACAGUGCUGUACCUGCAACGGCAUCGGACCAAGUGGAGGAGAGCGCGAAGAAACAUUUCUUGCAGCCCCAAGCCGCUGCAGUUGAAGUCGUGCGGCAGUGGAGGACGCUGAGCGAGGCGGACUGGCUCCAGCUCUACAAAAGUCUGCAGCGACCAAAGCUGCAGCCGGCGCAAGAUGACGAGAUGACGGGGCUGGCCGCCGUCGCCCUGCCGAGCGUUGCUGACGUCUGCUGGCUGCUGGAGCAGUGCCCGAGCGACGCCUUUGUCGGCUUCGUAUGGGACCAUCUGCUGAUCGCUCUCUUGCAGCAGUGCGUGGGCUCCGAUCCGUCAGCGUGCCAGCGACUUCUGACUCUACUGGUCGACCACCCGUUGUUUGCCUCCCUCAGCCCAAAGGAUUUCCGCGCCAAGGUGCGCUCUCGCAACCUGCGGCAGGUCGACGACAGCUUCGGCGCCCAGGCUGAGCUCGCGCUCGUUGCUCUCUAUCGAAGACAAAGAGAUACCGAAUCAAAAUGA